AGGCGUGACCUGGCCAGAGCGCCUAGGGCGGCGGGCACCAUGCAGGCACAGUUGGGUUUGCCUGAGUGGCAUCACGUCUUCUCGUUUUUGGAAGCCCAAGACCUGCUCCGCGCCGCCCAAGUGGACAAGGUCUGCAAUGAGGCUUCAGGGAGCAAGGAACUGUGGCGAAUCCUGGGGGAGACCAUGGAAUCAGUUGUUUCCAUCUCUGUCAAUGGCCAUGACGGGGCACAGGGCAUGGAGGUCUGGUCAAGCCCUUUAGAGCCCAUGGCUCUGGUGAAUUUGGUGACCUACCUGUGACUGCAGCUGGUUGUCCCCCUGGAUGAGCAGGGCCUGAUCAAAGUAUGGAAAGCAGAGAACAGGUGUGAGCAGGCCUCCUUCUGCCUGCCUAGCUCCUCAUCUGCAUUGGAGGCCUGUGACAUUCCAGAGGGCCCCCUCCUGCUGGCCGCCUGUGCCAAGGGGGCACUCUACAUGCUGAUGGUGCCCCAGCUGCAGCUGCUCUCCAGGGUGAGCAUGUUUCCCAACAGCCCCACCAGUCUCCUUUGCUCUCCUGACUGGCAGUGGGUGUUUGCGUCAACCCCACAUUCAGACUUGGGCCCAAAGGUGUUCCACACUCACUCUUUGCUGUGUCCAUCAGAGGAUGAGCCUUCUGCCUCCACCGCUCUCCCCAUCUGGCAGACGUCCAGGGCCUGUUGGGCCCCUGACAAGGCAGCCCGGCUAAUGGUGAUGCACAGAAAUGACAACGGCAUGCAGUUGGUGGUCACCACCUAUGAGCUAGGGGCCAAGAAGUCCAGGGAUCGAGUGGAUGUUGUGGGACGACAGAUCGCAAGUUUCCUCCUGCCAGAGACCAUGAUGCCUCCUCACCUCAUGAAGGGCCACGGCUCUCAGGUGAUCCUGCUGGUGUCCGGGUCGGAGCUGGUGCUCUUCACCAUCCACGGCCUGCAGCUGGUAGCCUUUCAGGACCACCAGAGGCCCAUCACGUCCAUGGGGGUGGACCAGAGUCGAGUCAUCACCUCUUCCUUUGACCUCUCCUUGAGAGCGUAUGUGUGGAACAAGGAAAAGACCUUUCCCAUCCUCAAGAGCUGCUGUCAUUUACUUGGUGGGUCCCACAGAUGGGCCAGUGGAUUUACUCAUGUGGAAGCUGACAGUGUGAGCAUUGUAGGUGUGGAAGCCAGAAGCAUUGCUAAUAUUCUAAGGGGCUAUUACUUCAAGGUGCAGCAUGGCAGAGAUGGCUACAGCAAUUCAAGAUAA